AUGUUACGAGAAAAAGUCACGCAGAUUGAUAGGGAGAACGUGCUUCGAAAUCUCAUUGCUACAAUGCUUCUCUAUCAAUAUGAAAUUUGGAUGACAGAUAGUCCCGAGAAAUGGUGGACUUUCUAUCUGUGUGGUGCAAAGAAGGUCAUUACUGCUUCCGCUGAAACUGUCCAAUUUCACAAAGACGAGAGUGCGGUUCUCAUGGACUGGAUCUACUACCACGAAGUGAUCUCAGACUUCAGCCUGCGGUACUGGGCCGAGGCAAGCACCUUAAGCAGUUUCUGCAGGGGUCCCUUAGCCAUACGGCCUGAAAAUAUGAUAAUCGAUGGAUAUGCGAACUCAAGCAGGAUUACAUGUCCCAUGGAUGUACUUGAUCUGAUUCGGAUUAUAUGCAAGCGACCUUCCACAAAUCACGAUGAUUUUGCAUCGUACAACGAUGCAGAUAUUGAGCGGAUUCAGGAUCUUCGACAACGUCUUCAGGAGUCCGUUGGAGAAUAUGGGACUUUUCGAGAUAUUUCAGAAGUACCAUUGACCAGAACACAAAUGUUGGCCUAUUUAUAUCGAUGUGCCGCACUGAUAUACUUGAACCGCGCGGUAACAAAGGCAGCCACGACUUCAUUCCAGCACAGAAGACUAGUCAGGGAGGGUAUAUUGGUUCUACAAAACCUUGGCUUCUGCGAAAGUGCGUGGCCGAUGUUCAUUAUAGCUUGCGAAGCUAUUGAAGAUGAGCAACGUCUUCACAUAUUGGAAACACUAUCGCAAACUCCACGAGAACCACUGCACCGGUCAAAUCAUAUCCCCUUAAUUCACCACAUGAUUGAGACGAUAUGGAAACAGCAUGACCUCAGCUAUGACAGCAACGUUGAUUAUACCAGUAUCCUCCACGCUGUGAUUUCAACUGCGCCAGCUUUGCCGCUAUUCGCCUAA